AUGACAAGCUAUAUCAAGUUCACGCCGAUAUCCGGUGCCAAGAACGAGAACCCAUUAUGCUACUUGCUUGAAAUCGAUGAGGUCAAGAUCCUCUUGGAUUGUGGUUGGUCGGAUACCUUCGAUACAGAUGAUUUGGCGAAUCUGAAAAAAGUUGCCAAGCAAAUCGACGCGGUCUUGAUCUCCCAUUGCGACCUUAACCACCUUGGAGCGUUACCUUAUGCACGAAGUCAACUUGGUAUGACUUGUCCAGUCUAUGCAACUCUUCCGGUCGUCAAUAUGGGCAAAAUGUGCAUGUACGACUUGCAUCAAUCCAAAACCAACGAGAUGGAAUUCAAGACGUUUUCACUUGAAAGCAUUGAUGAAGCAUUUGAAAAGAUCACAUCCUUGCGUUAUUCACAGCCUUACGCUUUAUCUGGCAAAUGUCAGGGCAUCACCAUUACCGCCUAUGCUGCAGCACACACGAUUGGUGGUACCAUUUGGAAGAUCAAACAGGACACCGACGAGAUCGUUUAUGCCGUGGAUUUCAAUCAUCGAAAAGAAAGUCAUUUGGAUGGCACAGUACUUCAUUCAAACGGGAUGGUCCUUGAUGCACUUACGCGCCCUUCAUUGAUGAUUACGGAUGCUCUUAAUGCAGCAGUGGUUCAUCCACCACGAAAGGAACGAUACGCUGCUUUAUUUGACACUAUUUCUAGCACAUUAAGUGCAGGAGGCUCUGUUCUCCUUCCUACCGAUUCCUCAGCACGUGUUCUCGAAUUAUCCUACUUGCUCGAUCAACAUUGGAUUCAAAAGCACCUGAAUUAUCCAUUGAUCAUGGUCACCAACACCAGCUAUCACACUGUACACUUCGCCAAAAGUAUGCUUGAAUGGAUGGGAGACGACCUUACACAGCACUUUUCACAAACGCGUGAGAAUCCAUUUGACUUUAAGUAUUUGCGAUUGUGUCACAAGUUGGAGGAUUUGGAUAAUUAUGCCGGACCCAAAGUGGUGAUUGCAAGCAACACGAGCUUAGAAACGGGUUUUGCACGUGACUUAUUCCUACGUUGGAUGGGCCAUAGCGAUGAAUCAGCCGAUACAGCAAAUACCAAGAAUACCCUGAUCUUAACGGAUCGCUCCUCACCUGGCUCAUUGGCUCGACAACUCUACGAUGAAUGGAACACCCGCACCAAUGUACUUAUUCCAGAAGAACAACAACGCAGCCAAAGAGAACCCAUUAAGCCAUCCAUUGAUUAUCAUGCAUCUUUACAUUUGACGGUGUAUCGACGUGUACCACUUGAAGGUGAAGAAUUGGCUGAAUUUGAACAACGACAACGCGAAAAGGCUGAGAGGGAUGCUGCACAUGCUGCCAUGAUUGCUCGAUCCAAGACCAUUAUGGAAGAAGACGAAUCUGAUGAAUCAGAUAUGGAUGAAGCGGAUGAUGCCAUGGAAGAUUUAUUAUUGGGAGGUCAAUUUGAUUUAUACGUGCGUGAUCAAGGGCGAUCAGGUGGUUUCUUCAAGCAAGCACAAAGCUAUCGCAUGUUUCCUUACCUCGAACGCCGUAAAAAGAUCGAUGAUUACGGUGAAGCGAUUCAGCCUGAGCACUAUCUAAAGGCAUCUGAUUUGGAUCGUAUGCAACUUGAGGAUGCAGAAAAGAACAAGGAAGCAGGUGCCAACUUUUCCAAAAACGAUCCCAUGGCAAUUGAUGAGCCAUUAUUACCUGGCAAAGUGGAGCAGCCUAUGAAGUAUAUCACAAACGAAGAAGAUGUGUCGAUUGAUUGUCAGCUACGCUAUGUGGAUUUGGAGGGCUUAUCGGAUGGCAGAUCAAUGAAAACCAUUUUACCACAAAUUGCUCCUCGUAAGCUGAUUAUCGUACACGGCUUACAAGGUCCUACUCAAGAACUGGCACAAGCAUGUCGCAACAUGGAUCAUUUCACCAAAGAAGUCUUUACACCAUCCAUUGGCGAAGUCCUUAAUGUAUCUGCUGCCACCAACAUUUAUCGUGUGAAGCUGACGGAUGCACUUGUGAGCUCGCUUCAAUUCUCCAAACUGGAUGAUUACGAGCUUGCGCGUGUCUCUGGACGUAUUCAUUUCCCAUCCGAUUCUACCACACCAUCGCUGGACGUUGAUACAUCAGAAAAACCAUCCAAGUGGGAGCCAUCCGUAUUUGUGGGAGACAUUCGAUUGAGUGAAUUCAAGCGGAUACUACAAAAUGAAGGCAUUUCGGCUGAAUUCAAAGGCGAAGGUGUUCUCGUAUGCAAUGAUCGAGUGGCUGUACGAAAAACGGGCACAGGUCAAUUACUUGUCGAAGGCCUCUUAUCACCUGACUAUUACAAGAUUCGAUCCCUUUUGUAUUCUCAACAUGCUAUCUUGUAA